AUGUCUCUCGCCUUCACAAAUCAACCGCCCCAGUCGAGGGUCCCCUACGCCAUCCCUCAAUUGGAAGGCGAACGCAUUACUAUCCCCGGUAGCAAGGGAACCUUUCGCAUUCUUGCAUCGGCCAAGCAGACAAAUGGAUUGAUGGCAGUUUUCCAGAGUGGCGCUGUGCUAUCCGAUGCCCCGGGAUUCCACUAUCAUAACCACGCGCACGACGUGUUCCUUGUAACGAAAGGAUUUCUGAAACUGUGGAACGGGGAUAAGUGUCGGAUCAUGGGACCAGGCGAUUUCGCGUACGUGCCUCCUAAAGUAAUUCACAAUCCCGAGAUGCUUGGACCCCAUACCGAGAUCUACGGUCUGAUCACCCCCGGCGACUGGGUAGAUUUCUUCCGCUAUAUCUCGGAACCGUACGAGGGAAUCCUUGUGCCCGAGGAUGACAACCGUGACCUAAAGUCCAUCCUCAUCCCCAAAGUCAUUGCCGCAAAAGACAAGUUUGACGUCGUCUUCCAACCCGACUACGAACCUCCCGAGGUGGGUGAAUUUACUCAGGAUGACGAGAAAAUUCCAGAUGGUCACGAGCCAUACUAUCUGCGCUCUAACACGGGCCCAAAAUGGAUGCUGGGGGGUGUGAUGUCCAGACCCUUCAUCACCACGAAACAAAGCAAUGGCGUCUGCGCGAUUUCGAGCAUUGAGUCGUCCAAGGUAUACAGUGAGGGUCUGUUUUCUAAGCGCAUGACCUUCAAGUCGGUAGAUCACUGUUUCUGUGUGCUGGAAGGGACUUUGACCGUAUGUCUCAAGGGUUCAACUGACACGGUGUUCCAUGAGGGAGAGACAGUGGUGGUUCCCGCUGGUCAGCCGUUUUCUCUGCGAUUCGACAGCAAAUAUGUCCGGCUGUAUUCAUUCGCUGAUGGUGAUGGCAUUGAGUCGCUGGUGCACCGGCUCGGAAAGCCGUUCAAGGGAUCCAUCCUGCCUGACAAGGAGCCCGAAUGGGACUACAGUCAAGUGCAGGCUGUGGCUACAGAUCUCGAUGUGGAAAUUGAACUGUGA